AGGUUGGGCUCCUCAACUGGGGUUGGACUUUAACACAUAAAUUGGAUUAUUUGGACUUAACACAUCAACUACUACUGGUGGUAUAGUGGUAACCUCUUUACACAAUAGCUAAUGCUAUUUUCAUCAAAUUUUCUCAAAAUUUUCAUAUAAAAGGGAGGAUUAACUAAUAUUUAGUUUUGUAUGAAUUUAGUCAAUCCACGUGGUUCCAAAUUGACCCAACUUUCAUUUUAAGAGUUUGGUUACUCUAAAAUUAUUUAUUUUAAUUAUUUGCUUCGAUUGCAUACUGAUCAUGAACCCUAGCUUAUUUUUUAUUUUUAUUUUUGAUCAGAAUCCUAGCUUAUGUUUAAGAAAACAAAAAAGGCCAAAGUGAAGGAGUUACUUAAAAAUUUGUAUUAAUUUAUAUUUUGAUAAUGUACUUUGAAUGACAUAAUUCAAUAACAUUAUUUAAAGUGUAACUUUAAAAACUUGAGACUAUGUCAUCUAAUACAUCAUUAGGUCAAAAAAUUUGAUACCAUCAUCCAAGUAAAAAACAAGAAAGAAACAUGGAGGCUUAUUCAAAGAUAUAUAUAUAUAUAUUUUGGAGAAUUUUGACAGUGCAAAAAAUUUUAUUGAUUAAAAAUUAAAUUGUAUCUAACUAGGGGGACGUAUGUACUUUAUAUCUCAAUACAAUCUAAUUACAAUGCAAAAAAAAAAAAUUAAAAAAAUUCUAAUGCAUUAUUUACAUCGAAAUACUAAAAAAUAUUCUAGAAAGUAUAAUUUCCUAAAGUGCUUCUAUCCUAGACAACCUUUUUGAAAUUUCAAAUGAAACCAACUGCUGAUUAUAAUGUAUUAGAUUCUUAAAUUAGGUUUCAACAUUAUUAAUUACUCUUUAUAUUAAGAUACUCAAAAAAUUUAGAAACAAAAAUUGGUUGUGGAAUUGAGUUUGAGUUAUUUGUGUCCUUUGAUUGUAAGGAUUAUAAACUAACAUAUAAUAAUUACAUAAAUAAAAUUACAUGUGUAAAAUUUUUAUUAAAUAAAAAAUAUUUGUAAUUAUCAAAAAAACAGUUUUUGGGUACCUGAAACUCUUAUAAAUAGUGUCAUUCAUACUAGAGUAACCAGACCUUAGAUCAUCCCCAACAAACAGCCGCAGCAAAGAGGAAUGGACAGCACCCUCUCCAAGUCUCCUCUUCACACACUUGAGUGUAUGCGUCGCACACCCUUCAACCGUUUGUUCGCCGGAGUUUAUACCACCGCCAUCUUUGCUCUACUCUACCACCAUUUACUCACACUUCUCCACUCCACCACCUUAGUCUCCUUCUUUAUAUCCACAUCCAUGUUAAUCUCUGAUAUUCUUCUGGGAUUCAUGUGGUCCACCACACAGUCCUUUCGCAUGCGCCCAAUCCUUCGCCAACAAUUCCCUGAAAACCUUGAGAAAGUCAUCGACCGGAAGGAUUUUCCGGCGAUGGACAUCUUUAUAUGCACUGCAGAUCCUUACAAAGAGCCGCCGAUGACCGUUGUGAACACGGCCUUAUCGGUGAUGGCUUAUGACUACCCACCGGAGAAGCUUUCGGUGUAUGUUUCAGACGAUGGAGGCUCGGAGUUCACUCUCUUUGCUUUUAUGGAGGCUGCAAAGUUUGGGAAGCACUGGUUACCCUACUGUCGGAACAAUAACAUCGUAGUGAGGUGUCCAGAUGCUUAUUUCAGAUCAAACUACCCUAGGAGUUCAGAGACAGAGAAAAUCAAGAUGAUGUACGAAAGCAUGAAGAUAAGGGUAGAGACUGUGGUUGAGAGAGGUAAAGUCAGCGACGAGUAUGUCAGCAGUGAAGAAGAGCGUGAAGCUUUUAACAAAUGGACACAAGGGUUCACUCGUCAAGACCAUCCCUCCGUAAUCCAGGUUCUGUUAGAGAUGGGAAAAGACAGAGACAACACAGACAAAUCAAUGCCUAAUCUUAUAUAUGUAUCGAGGCAGAAAAGCAAAGCCUCCCCACAUCAUUUUAAGGCUGGCGCCCUCAAUGCCCUGCUUCGAGUAUCUGCCAUCAUGACCAAUUCACCCAUCGUAUUGACUCUGGACUGUGACAUGUACUCCAAUGACACCCAAACACUUCACCGUGUGUUAUGUUACCUUACUGGUUCGCCAUGUCGGCCAAACAUAGGAUACAUUCAGUUUCCCCAACGCUUUCAUGGCCUGAAUGAAGCCGAUAUCUAUGCAUGCGAGUUCAAACGUUUGUUUCAAGUCAAUCCAGUUGGAAUGGAUGGGCUCUCCGGGCCUAGUUAUGUCGGAACAGGAUGCUUUUUCCGUCGUCGGGUUUUUUUUGGUGCUCCAUCGGCAUUUCUCCCACCUGAAUUUCCUGAACUGAGCCCGGAUAACGUUGUGGAGAAGCCCAUCAAGACCCAACCAAUUUUGGCACUAGCCAAUCGUGUAGCUGGCUGCAAUUAUGAAAACCAAACCAAUUGGGGUUCCAAG